AUGCUCAAGUCGAGUAGAAGAAGAUUAGUAUGUCACGAUACCAACCUUACAAAAUGUUGCAUUCGAUCUACAAAUUUUAACAGAUAUCUAAUUUUUAUACAUACAAAAGUAAAAACACACACUCCGUUAAGGCAUAUUAUUCAUCCAAAUAAUGAAUUCCUCAAUUUGUUUUAUAAAUUACCCUUUGAACAUUUUUCUAAUGUACAAAAUAAAACCGUUCACAGGCCAGGCUCAAAUGUGCCCAUAGGAGAUAUUAUAAAAGUUAUGAUUGCUUCCUUGAUAUAUAAUUACUCCUCAAAUUAG